UAGUCGAGGUGUUGUGUGUUUCUGUCUCUGUAUUCACGCAGUAAAAUGGCAGAAGUCAGAUUUUCUCAGGAUGAGUUCACGUGUCCACUGUGUCUGGAUCUCCUGAAGGAUCCAGUGACCAUCCAGUGUGGACACAGUUACUGUAAGAGCUGUAUUACAGGGUUCUGGGAUAAGGAGGAUCAGAUGAGAGUCUACAGCUGCCCUCAGUGCAGACAGACCUUCAGUCCAAGACCUGCUUUAGCUAGAAACACCAUGCUGGCUGAACUGGUGGAGAAACUGAAGAAGACCAAACUACCUGCUGACUGUUACGCUGGAGCUGGAGAUGUGCAGUGUGAUGUCUGUACUGGAAGAAAAUACAAAGCCGUCAAGUCCUGUCUGAUGUGUCAGCAAUCAUAUUGUCAAACUCAUUUUGGCCGUCAUGAGAAAUUUCAUUCACGUAAGCCACACAAAGUGAUCGAUGCCACUGAACGACUGCAGGAGAUGAUCUGCCAGAAACAUGAGAAACAUCUGGAAAUGUACUGUAUUACUGACCAACAAUGCAUUUGUGAGCUCUGUACAAAAUAUGAACAUAAAAGCCACAACACUGUAUCAGCUGCAGCACAGAGGACAGAGAAACAGAAGCAACUGAAGGAGACACAGAAGACAUUCCAGCAGACAAUCCAGCAGAGAGAGAAAGAUCUUCAGCAGCUGAGAGAGGCUGUGGAGUCUCAUAAGCGCUCUGCACAGACAGCAGUGGAGGACAGUGAGAGGAUCUUUACUGAGCUCAUCCGCUCCAUUGAGAGACGCCGCUCUGAGAUGAUACAGCUGAUCAGAGAUCAGGAAAAGACUGCAUUGAGUCAAGCUGAAGGACGACUGGAGCGACUGGAGCAGGAGAUCAAUGAUCUGAGGAGGAGAGACGCUGAGCUGGAGCAGCUUUCACACACACAGGAUCACAUCCAGUUCCUGCAGAGUUUCCAGUCUCUCUCAGCACCUCCUGAAUCUACAGACGUAAAUGAUGUUCCUUUUAUUACUCUCAUCUCUUUUGAUGGCCUAAAAGAAUCUGUCCAUCAGCUGAGAGACAAAUUGGAGGAUUUUUGCAAAGAGGAGGUCAAGAAGAUCUCAGACAGAGUCACAUUCACCAACGUUGUUCUCUGGACCAGGAACAACUUCCUACAAUAUUCCCAUCAGUUCACUCUGGAUCAGAACACAGCACAUAAACUCCUCCGUCUGACUGAGAGCAACAGAGUGAUUACUAACACUGGCACACUUCAGUCAUAUCCUGAUCAUCCAGACAGAUUUGAUAGUUAUUCUCAGGUGUUGUGUAGAGAGAGUGUGUGUGGACGCUGUUAUUGGGAGCUGGAGUGGAGUGGACGUGUGUUUAUAUCAGUGUCAUAUAACAGCAUCAGCAGGAAGGGAUUGGGUUAUGAGUGUUUGUUUGGAUAUAAUGAUCAGUCCUGGAGUUUGGACUGCUCUCCCUCCAGAUACUCAUUUGGACACAAUAACAUAUGGACUGUUCUCCCUGUAAAAUCUAUCAGCAGUAGAAUAGGAGUGUUUGUGGAUCACAGUACAGGAACUCUGACUUUCUACAAUGUCUCUGACACAAUGAGCCUCAUCCUAAUAGUCCGGACCACAUUCGCUCAGCCGCUCUAUCCUGGGUUUGCUUUUGGUUCUGGAUCAUCAAUGAAACUGUGUUGAUGAAUCAGAAUAAAUUUAAGAGAUUCUCCCCAUAAUGCUUUCAGCUGCAUGAUAAAUCAGUAACAGUGAGAUGUUAUAGAUUCUCUUUUCUCUUUCUGACCUUAAUUUUUCCGCUGAACGUCUGUUACUUAAAUAACAUGUCAGAAUAAAUUUAAUAAAUCCUCAUAUAGACAGUAGGAUCAGUGUGUGAGAGUCCUGCAGAUUGACAAUGAGUUUCUGUGCUUCUCUCAACCUCUGUUUGUGUUGAUUGAAAUCAAUGAAGAGUACAAAUGCACCAAAGUGAGACUGAACAUGACCCUGACCAAGUCUUAGGAUGCUACAAUACAAGUGUUUGCUCCCAGACUGGCAACUGGAAGGAACUGGACCCCAACUGAGGCCAUACAGCAAGCAAAUUCUGCUCUCAGGCAUAGUGACAUUGUAGGGAAAUUGCAGCAGGGAAGAGGGUUUUGGACUCAGGGCAAGCCAAACCAAAUGGUACAAGGCAACAUCUGCCCAGGAAAAGUCUGAUAGUAGCCAAAGUCCGACAGCAAGAGGAGGCAAAGAUAUGUACAAAGGCAGUCUCACAGUCCAGACAGGGUCAAUGGACUAACUGGGAAAGACUGGAGAAACGUAAACUCACCUGGAAUGAUCUUUGGGAGAUGGGGGGAAGCAGACUGAGUCUCAUCAUCAGAGCCACCUACGAUGUUCUUCACAACCCAAAACACUAAACCAGUGGUUUGGAGAAGAUUCAUCAUGUCCUCUUUGUCAAACCCUAGCAAUGUUAAGGUACAUCCUGUUGGACAAUGCCCAGGACUGAAAAGUGCAGGUUGACUUAAGACCAGAAGCUGAGCUUUCUGCAUGAGAUCAUCACAACUAACCUUAAGCCAGACCUAAUCCUGUGGUCAACCUUGCAAAAGUCCCUGUUCAUUGUGGAACUAACUGCGUAAUGCAGGUAUUUCCAAUUGUUUUUGUCAGUCAAACCCAUGAAAAUAAAAUAUUUACUUGAAAUAUCUCUGAGGAAAUUAAUAUUUCAAUAAUUUAACACAUUUGCAAUGUUUUUUGUUAUUUGCAAGUUUACAGUUUUCUAAUGUUCAUAUUGACGUGCAGGUAAACAAAUAAAAAUUUUAUUUUUGUGU